AUCUCUCUUUCCCUUCCGAUUCCUCUGUAUAAAGCACCGAUCUCUGCAUUCGAUCCUCCACAGCAAGCGGUUCACUGUCGUUUCUCUUCUUCGUUAUCCGUUGAUUGCUAUGGCCUCAGCGACUACCUUACCAGGCCUUGUCCUACGCCCUUCUCCUCUGCUUUCCGGGCAAGCGUUGCGCCGGAAGCAGCGCCAGCCUUCCACAGUAGCAUUUCCAUUUCCAUCGCCUUCUUGCCGUCGCCGGCUCUCGGUAUCGGCCUCCGCGGCGCCGCAGAGCAAGGAGACCUCCUCCUCCAUCGACGUGCACGUCAACAAGGACGCUAAAGCCGGGAACGGCGCCGCCAUAGAGCAGCGGCGUCGCCGGUCGGGCUUCGACGUCUCGCCUUUUGGUUUGGUUGAUGCUGUGUCGCCCAUGAGGACAAUGAAGAUGAUGCUGGACACGAUGGACCGGCUGUUCGAGGACGCGAUGUCCUUCCCCGGGAGCAGCACGGGGGAGAUGAGGCCGCCGUGGGAGAUAAAGGAGGAGGACAACGAGAUCACGAUGAGGUUCGACGUGCCGGGGCUGUCGAAGGAAGAGGUGAAGGUGUCGGUGGAGGACGACGUACUGGUGAUCAAGGGGGAGCACAAGGAGCAGGAGGCAACGGCGGAAGGGGAGGAGUCCAAGUGGAGAGGUUGGAGCUCCAGCUCCUACGACUCCCGGUUCCUUCUCCCCGACAACUGUGACAAGGAGAAGGUGAAGGCUGAGCUCAAGAACGGGGUGCUGCUGGUCGUUAUCCCCAAGACGAAGACGGAUCGCAAGGUCAUAGACGUUGAGAUCCAGUGACGCCAUGGAAGCUUUGUAGAUGUUAAGCUCCUACAAGGCUGUCAUGUUAAUUUCCACUCUUAAUCCUGUGUAUGCAGUUUCUCAGCUCUGGUAAUAUAUUAUUACGCCACUAA